UACCACUGAUGGGACAAAGCCGGCGGCAGUGCCCUUCUUAUCUAGAUCGUGAUAGGUUAUUGAUGUCGUCGGUCGUCCUGCAAGGGUAGCGUCACUCGAACGAGAGGGCGACGCGGGCGGAAGUGAGAGAACUGGGAACUUUGAGCUUAUUUUAACCCCUAACUCUCUGUCAUCGAUCAUGGAGAUUAAUGGCGCCGCGGGAUGUGCGCUAUGCUGGAGCCUGGCGGUCGCCGUCAUUAGCUUAGCACUGUUCGCGGCUUGGAAACUGGGACUGAUGCAUCUGCUCUGGUACCGGGUGGAGCCUACAAGCAGCAGACAUGGUGGUGAGAGAGUUGCUGAGGUCUUGAAAGCCCAUGGUGUGAAAUACCUCUUCACAUUGGUUGGUGGACAUAUAUCACCUAUUCUUGUGGCUUGUGAAAAGAUCGGGAUCCGUGUGGUAGACACCCGGCAUGAAGCUACAGCUGUAUUUGCUGCUGAUUCUGUUGCUAGACUCUCAGGUUCAAUUGGUGUUGCUGCUGUAACAGCUGGUCCUGGUUUAACAAACACUGUGACUGCAAUUAAAAAUGCCCAGAUGGCAGAAACUCCGGUGCUGCUUAUUGCGGGUGCAGCUGCAACCCUUCUGCAGGGCCGAGGUGCACUGCAGGAUAUUGACCAGAUGUCACUUCUCAAGCCACUCUGUAAAUUCUGUAGUACAGUUCGUACAGUCCGGGACAUUGUUCCAGUUCUCCGGAAGGCUAUUGCAGUGGCUCAGUCUGGAACUCCGGGACCUGUGUUUGUUGAGCUUCCAAUUGAUGUCCUCUACCCAUAUCAUUUAGUUUGGAGAGAGUUUGCACCGAAAAGUGAACCCAAAGGAGUUGUGGGAAAAGCCAUCAACUGGUAUCUUCAGAACCAUCUACGUAACCUGUUUGCUGGAGCCUGGAAUGCAAGAGAUGUGUCGCCUUUGUCCGUGGAUUUUCCCAUGGCCACAGCUGCAGAGGUACAGCGCUGUGUGGAGAUGGUGAGCAGGUCUAAAAAGCCACUCCUUUUCCUUGGAAGCCAAGUAACACUCCCACCUACACCAGUGAAUAAAGUCCGGUCAGCGUUGGAAUCUCUAGCAAUUCCCUGUUUCUUGGGAGGCAUGUCUCGAGGAAUGCUGGGAAGGGACAGUCCCAUUCAUAUCCGACAGAACCGAAGGGGUGCUCUAAAACAAGCUGACUUGGUCAUUCUUGCAGGUACUGUGUGUGAUUUCCGCUGGUCCUAUGGGCGCAUCCUCUCUAGACGCAGCAAGAUAAUCGCUGUCAACCGUGAUCACUCACAGCUGCUAAAAAACUCUGAUAUCUUCUGGAAGCCUACACUUGCUGUGAAAGGAGAUGCUGGUUCCUUUUUGGUUCAGUUGGCAGAAGGGCUAAAGGGCUAUCAGGCUCCCAGUGAAUGGACACAGUAUCUGAAGGAGGAAGAUAUAAAGAAAGAGAAGGCCAAUAGUGAAAAGUCAGAGGAGAAAGUGGAAAAAUAUCUGAACCCUUUGAAGGUACUGCAUCAUGUUGAACGUUUAUUGGAGGAGGAUAGCAUAAUUGUGACCGAUGGUGGUGAUUUUGUGGGCAGCGCUGCCUAUAUCUUGAAACCUCGAGGGCCUCUUCGAUGGCUCGAUCCUGGAGCUUUUGGGACACUCGGAGUGGGUGGCGGGUUUGCACUAGGGGCCAAGCUAUGCAGACCAGAUUCUCAGGUUUGGAUCAUUUAUGGGGAUGGUUCCCUGGGCUACAGUAUUGCAGAAUUUGACACUUUUAAACGACACAAGACUCCUGUAAUCGCUGUGGUGGGUAAUGAUGCGGGCUGGACCCAGAUUUCUCGAGAACAGGUUCCGUUGCUAGGUAGCAGCGUGGCAUGUGACUUGGCAUACACUGAUUACCACACUGUUGCUCAGGGAUAUGGCGGGAAAGGUUUUUUACUCAACCUGGAGAAUGAAGAGCAGAUAGAUGAUAUAAUAAGAGCUGCACAGGAGGAGUGUCAGAAUGGCAAUCCAACGCUCAUAAAUGUCCUAAUAGGAAAAACAAAUUUCAGGGAAGGCUCCAUCUCUGUGUAAUAACAAGUUCCAUGUGGAUCACGGGUUUGAUGUUUCACGUGUGCCUUGACUCUUUGUCCUACUGGGUAUAAACAUAUACAAAACAAAGUGAAGGGUUUUCUCUAAAAUCAUGCAAUAACAUUCGAUUCAAAGGGUACUUGAUAUUUAAUCUACCAAAUCAAAGACUAAUUACACCAACUACCACUAGAAAUUCCUCUUAAUUAAAAAUAACAAUCAUUGCAAAUUUUAUGAAUUUUUAGAUUUAAUCCCUCUGAUUUUCCUAACUUUCUGUAGAGUUUGGAAUCUUGUUGAUCAGUCAUGAAUAAUGGCUUCAUUUACACUGUCCUGAGAGCUCUGGAAGACUUUCUGUCGGUGGUGGGUUUUUUUUUGGUUUGCUAAGGUCUGCUGUGUAGCCUGAGCUGAGCACUGUGGUGUUCCUUCCCUGGCAAAAGAAAUUAUAGGGAUGCUAAUGAGGAAAAAAAGGUGCUCUUAGAUCCUACAUAAUUCACGGGAGUGGCUAAAAGUAGAUCAAAGAUCUUGUUUUUUAGUUUCUAUUUUGGUUUUGCUCAGUAAGUGCCUGGCCUCUAUUAUCCACAAUUAUGUAAAGAAAUAUAGGAAAUAGCUGUUGAAUAGCAGACAUAGCUUGCAUCCCAUUUUUCUGUGGGAUUGUCGGUUACAGCACUUCUGAAGAAAUAAUUCCUAACACUUAUUGCACUUCAGCUGGAUGUGAUUAAAAUUUUAUUUUCUGUCCUUUUCCUCCAUUCUCUUAUAUUCAUUUUAUAACAUGAGCCAUUUAAGGAAGGAAAAUGGCUUUAGUUUCAUUAGAGAUGUGGUAAAACCAUUGACUAUUUAAAGCAGGUUACUCCCAACUUUAAAAACGCAAACACGAGGAAAUCUGCAGAUGCUGGAAAUUCAAGCAACACACACAAAAUGCUGGUGAACGUUCACCAGCAUUUUUUUGUGCGUGUUACUCCCAACUUUUUCAAUUCUACUUUAGUGAUGAAUUUCAAGUUUCUUGAUAUUGGGAAUUUCCUGCCAUUUAGUACAAUCUUUCACCAAUGAUCAUGAAUAUAGAACAAAGAGACAGAUGCACUGUAACUUUUUGGUCCUUAUGCAGUUUGAAAAAUCACAGAGGGAAAAGUAAGAAAUAGAAGCAGAGGUAUGAUUUCCAUGCCUGUUCCACUAGUCAGUAAGAUCAUGGCUGAUCUUUUACCUCAGCACACCCCUGCAGUAGCCCCACCUGCUAAAUCUCUAAUCUUCUGAAGAUAUUUCUUGUUAUCAAAUGAAGCUAUCUUGAGGGGAGAAUUCCAAUGGUUCACUACUACUUGGGUGAAGAAGUACCUUCUCAUCUCAGUCACAAAUAGCAUCCUUUAUUUUAUUAAUAUGAUUCCUGGUUCCAGUUACCCCAGGGGAAAUGUGAACUCUGCAAUAUCAUGUACAUUUCAAUGGGGUCACCUCUCAGUCCUCUAAAGUCCAGACCUUAUAAACUGUCUACUUAAUCUCUUCUCAUGUCCAUUCCAGAAAUUAAUCUGAUGAUCAUUUGCUCCAUUCUCUCUAUUGUCGGGCACGUGGCCAAGUGGUUAAGGUGUUCGUCUAGUUACAUCAAGGUCACUAGUUCAGGCCUCAGCUGUGACAGUGUGUUUGUGUCCUUGAGCAAGGCACUUAAUCACACAUUGCUCUAGUGCCUGUGCGAGGAGUGGUGCCCCACACAGACUUCCAAUCUGCGCCUUGUAAGGCAUGCGAAUGCCCGACGCAGGCCUCUCAUGGUCUGAGUCGACGUUCCCUCCCUCCGCUCUAUUGUCGGUAUACUGCCCUUUGGAUAGGAAGAUUAAGCUGGUACAAAUGGAAAGGGCCAGGGUCUGAAAUAAUUGGAGCAAGGCAAUUCUACUCUUGUAGGAACCUGCAUUAAAUAGUCAAUGGUUUUACUACAACCCUAAUGAAACUAAAGCCUUAAUAAAGGUCAUUAUUACCAUGUAUCUUCCUGAUUACUUGCUGUACCUGUCUGUAGACUUGUAGUGAUCCAUAUUUGAAGCACUUAAAUUUUAAAAAAGUAUUUCUCUAACAAAGUGGAUAGCCUCAUGUUUUCCAUAUUCCAUCUUUCAUUUCCUUGCCCAUUUGCUUAGUCUGUCUAUAUCUACUUGAAGCAUCACUCUGUCUUCUUCAGAGCCUGCAUUGCUGUAUCAUUAGUAAAUAAUGAACAGAAGCUUUUCCAAUAAGGAAGGAUCUUGCAAGCAAAAGCUUAUAAAGGACAAUAGUUUUUAGACUCUGGAGGCUAAAUGUAUAAUCCUUCGCCUUCCAAUUAUGUAGCUAUUGUUAGCUGUAUCUCUAUGAAAUUCUGAUGUUUUUAGCUGUUUACAGGACUUGAAGCCUUUUGAACAAUCAGGUUCAAGUUCUGAUCCAUGUCUUUUAUACUCACGGAAUUUUGCCGUUUAAAUGCCUCUAACCUAAAGACUACCUGGACAAGUGACAAAAUAGGAAGCAUCUAGAGGUCCUCUGCAGGCUGAUCAGAAUUUAUGGGAGGCCUGGUGAUUCCUGCUUUUAUUUUGAAAGGUGUUGUGGGAUGUGUAAGGGUGGAGAACCGAAAUAUUGGUUUUGCCCCUUCUGUGAUGAUUCAUGUUUAUUGUCCCAUGUUUAAACCCACAUUUUCUUUUGGUGUACAUUUAAAAGGACAUCCUUAUCCUUAUUUUGGAGCGGUAGGUUGAUUGGUUCUUCCACCCUCUUGAACAGCUCAAUGUAGUAUGCUCAUUUUUAAGAUUCUUUCCCCCAGUAAAUAAAUGUAUACAUUUUGCAGAAUCUGGACAUUGCUGGAAAAAUAUAUUUCUAAUUGACCAUGGAAUGAAAGGCAAGCUAGGCCUUUUCAGAAGGCAUUUACGAAUUAAUCAUAUUACUGUGAUUCUGUAGUCAUAUGUAAACCAAACUGGGUAAGAAUAGCAAAUCUCUGCCCUGAAAGACAUCAGUAAAGCAGAUUUUUUUACAAUGUUCUGAUAGUUUUAUUGUUACCAAGACCAACUGUGUUUUUUAAAAAUUUCAGAUUACUAAUUCUAUUUAAAUCCCACAGUUAUCAUGGUGCCAGGCAGACAAUCUCUGAAGAUUAUUGAUAAUGGCUGGGGUCACCAGUCUUGUAAGGACACUACACAAAAGAAGGCAUGGUCAUGAGACCAUGAUUGCCUAUGUCAUAUGACACUGCACAUGAUGAUGAAGGUCAUGGUGGGGACUUGGUUCUCAGGAUUGUUAGUUCAGAUCUCUGGGUUACUUGUCUCAUUACCUAACUCUAGUCCACUACCAUACCUGUUUGACUCUACAUUAAUCUGUACAUGGUAACUCUGUUCUUCCUGCAAUGCUAACAUUCUACCUCACAAAUUACCAUUUCUCUUAACUUAGUGGAGUUUGACUCACUUCCCAUAUUAAUUAUAGUCCCACUCUCUUAAGUAAUCCUGAUUUUGUCAGUAAUGCUGUGUUGGAAAUGUGAACAUGCAUUUUACCCGACAAGUGUACACAGUGGUGAUCUGAAACUUGCUGUCUGAAAGGGUGGUAGAGGCAGGAACUCUCAUUUUAAAAGCACUGAGGAGUGUACUUUGAGAGCUUUGACCUGACAAUCAAGUGCUUGAAGAUGAGAUUAGACUGGACAGAUGUUUAUUAACCAAUUCUGAUGCAAUGGCUUCCUGUGAUGUAAAUUUUCUACUACUCUGAAGUAGGUGUAAUAGGGAUGCUUUGCUUUUAAAUGUCAGCAACAUUUAUCUGUUUUUCAUUCUUGAGUUAAUGCUUUGAAUUCCCUUUUUAUGGUGUUGACCACCUGAAGAACUGUAGAUAGAUGGCUGAAGUUUUCAUUUUUUUCAAUGGUUAAGCAUGAGAGAAGCAAUAGAAUAUCUUUGACUGUAGUAGUUAGGCCUUUCAACUUUUCCUAUAUCAUGCAAUCCUAAGGGUAGAUGACAUGAAUCAGUUACUGAAUGGCUCUUUCUGAGGGAUUCCAUAUUUUCUAGAUCUUUUUAAGUUAAUGAGGCAUAAAUUAUAUUAUAUUUAAUUGCUAAAAGUUUUAAAUGUACAAAAUCAGUUUGAAAUAAUGAUUUUCUGAUUAUCCAUCAAACUUUUUAUGUGACUGGGGAUUAGCUGAUUGUAAGACAAUCUGAAAUCAAUCCUAUAGGAUAUUGAUGGACUUAUUGUUGAUCAUUUUUAAGACAUUUUGAUGGAGGUGAUAGAAUUUGCUUAUGGUUAGUCAUUUACAAAUUAUUAAAUGGUGUAAUACUUUUCGAUGUAGUGCAUCUGGAUGAAGCUUGUGGCACGGAGAAUAGCUGGUGUAACUAGAAAAUGAUGAGCAAGUCCCAGAGUGCCUAGUUGCUCAGGUUCCCAGUCUUGAAAGGAGUUCUUCCCUCACCCUGGGUUCCCACUACAUGUAUCUGGUCUCCUGUUAAGUAUAAGUGGGAUCCCUGGGCUGCACCCUGCCUUAAUCUAAUGAGAUUCUCUAAGCUCCUUCUGUUUCAGUUGAGACAGCUUAUCUUGGGUUGUGUCAUCUGCAACAUCAGAUUGAGAUCCUUCCCGAGCCAAGAUCCCUCAGUUGAGUAGCCAGCACCCCUUGCCUAACAGGCAUUAUGACUCCAGUACCUUUUAUAUGUCUCUGGUUGGCCUGCAUUUCCUCAAUAAGACUGAAGUAAAGCAUAGCUUCACCCAUGAACUGUGGGUUUUGCCUUCUUUGGAAGGGCACCAGCUUGGAUGAGUACAAACCUUGAUAUAUGGCUUCCAAAUGCAACAUUAACUCAAGAAACUAAGGUUAAUAAUAAAAUGUCAAUAACUUCCAAACCUCUUAUCAGUUUUAUUAAAACUGACUUUUAUUUAAAAAUAUCUUGCUUAGAAUUAAUAAUAGGAAAUUGUGAACCGAGUUGUUCUACCUCCAUUUAAUGGUAAAUGCUGUCUUUUAGUACUGUACUUUUACUGUAUAU